UCCCUAACCUAGCUAGCAAGAACAAAAGCCAUAAUCUAGCCCCCAUCCCACUCUCUCUCUCUCUCUCUCUCUCUCCAUCUGCAAAUCUCGUCUUUUUUUAAUUAGGUCGAAGUCCAAACAAAUUUUGUAUUUAAAACGACGUACAUAGUAAUAAUUAGCCUGCAAGACAAGUCUUAAUUUGUGUUUAAUAUGAAGAGAAAAUGUAGUACGGUGGCAAUUUUCGGCAAAUUCCCACCCUCUACCUCUUCAGGAACUUCAUCAACACCGCCGAUUGUUUUCCGCCGCCCUUGCUUCUUCGACUCAUUAAUGGAGGAGACCAUCGAGAACGCCCACAUUUUGUUCGCUCAGUGGGACGUGUUGGAGACCCCGAUGUUUUGCGAUGAUGCCUCCGAGGCCCGACAGUACCUCCAGUCAGUGAAGGACCUCCAGGCUGUUAUGCAGCGCUUGAUCAAGCGGGACACCAACUCGGAGUUGCUACUCCGGCCCCACAAUCUGAUGCUUACCGCCAUUACGAGGCUGGAGAAGGAGUUCCACAGGAUACUCUCGUCAAAUUUUGGCCACAGUUCCAACCUCGAGCCGUCAGUUUCAGGCGAGUUCUCAGCUAGAUAUGAUGAUCAGGAGUCGGUCACCUCGGUGUCUGGGCGAUCUGACUUGGCGAGUUCUGUGGCAGAUUUGAAGGCUAUUGCAGAGUGCGUGAUAGCAGCAGGAUACGGAAAAGAGUGCAUCCGACUGUAUAAAUCAGUCGGGGAAUCAAUCAUAGAAGAAGAAUUGAAUCGUGUGGGUUUAUCAGAGAUGAAGUCUUCGAAGAAGAAAAAGAAGAUGGACCGGGAGGUCUUGGAAAAGAACUUAAAGAGCUGGCUGACCGUAGUGCAAGUGGCGGUGAGAUCCAUCUUCUGCAGGGAGAGAAUUCUCAGCAGCCGAGUCUUCUCCUGCUCCCCGAAGAUAGGAAAGUCCUGCUUCUCCGAAAUUACGAGGAGCAGCGUGAUCCGAGUGUUCCAAUUCGAGGAGAAUGUGGGAAGGCACCUCAAGAGAGCACCUCCAGAGAAAAUAUAUAGCACGCUUGACACAUACGAAGCGAUCACCGAUCUCUGGACCGAGCUUGAGUUGGCCUUCUCUUCUGAUUCGACCUCAGUUGUGCAACCGCACUAUGACAGCGCCUUGGUCCAGCUCAGGAAGGCUUCCAAGACCAAGGCCCCAGGCGGCGGUGUCUACCCUCUGACUAAGUUUGUCAUGAACUACCUCUCCUUCCUCUCCGAUUACAUCGAGGUGCUCCAAGAUAUAGUAGUCGACUGGCCUCUGAAUGUGAAAGCGCCCCUGCCUGAUUGGUCCCUCCCUGCCAGCACGGGGACCAGCGGUCUGGUCUACUCAGCAGCCUCGACUCGACUCGCUUGGCUCAUCCUGAUCCUGCUGUCCAAGCUCGACACAAAGGCGGAGCUCUUCAAAGGUGACGUAGCUCUAUCUUACCUUUUCCUGGCUAACAACCUGCAAUGCGUCGUUGUCAAGGUCAGGGAUUCGAAUCUUAGGUAUCUCUUGGGCGAGGAGUGGAUAACGAACCACGAGUUGAAAGUGAAGCACUAUGCAGCCAACUACGAACGGAUCAUUGGCCCGCCUUACUCGGCCCAUGGCUGCGAUUUCAAUGGACGAAGCGGGCAAUCUGUUCCGGAGCUCCAGUGCAGAUUUUGAAGGGACGUACAGGAAGCAGGUCACAUGGGUCGUGCCCGACCCAAAGCUCAGAGACCAUAUUAGGGCCUCACUGGGGGAAAGACUCGGGUCGGUUUAUCGAGAACUGCUUCCAAGGUGGGCGGAGUUCGGUGAGGCGGUCGUUAGAUUUGCCCCUGACAAUAUGGACAAUUACUUGUCGAAGCUGUUCUGUAGUUCAAUCAAUUGCCGUUAAGCCAGGUUUCUUUUUUAUAUGGACAUAAAUGGUUUUGUCGGGUGGUCAAUCAUGGGACACGUGUAAGAUUUAUAGUACAUCAUUCCUUUGUAAUAGGAAUAGG